AUGGGGGGGGAUGAGGGACAUAGGACAGUGGAGAAGAGCAAUGCAGAGGGGGAGAGACAGAAGUUAUUUAAUAUUUGCCUUGAAGAUCUUGAAGAUCUCUCUGUAAGAGUUAUUGCAGUUAAAGAAGAAAAUCUCAAGCUAAAAUCAGAAAACCAAGUUCUUGGACAAUAUAUAGAAAACCUCAUGUCUGCUUUCAGUGUUUUUCAAACAACUUACACAAAGAGCAAAAGAAAAUAA